CCUACCAUUAUUCUAUUGUCUCAGUGAGUUAUGCCAUUUUGGGCUUUCUUCUGUACCUGAGUUGAAGCAGUGAGCAGCUCUUUCAAACUGUUAGGUCUCUAUUUGAUUUGCAGUUUUCGCCAGGGGAAAAUCACCUCUAAUUCUUGGAAGAACACAGAAAAUGGCUUUUCUCACAUGGCCCUCAAACAGAUUGCACUUCCUCUUGCUCUUCCUGUUCUCCAAGCUGCUGUCUGCUAGAUGGUUUCCUAAAAGUUUACCCUGUGAUGUGAAAGUAGAAGCUUCAAAAAACAACGUGAUAGUGGACUGCAGUGAUCGUCACCUCACUGAACUCCCACACGGGAUUCCUCUUAACACCACCAAUCUGACUCUCACUAUUAACCAUAUUCCAAAUAUUUACCCAACAUCCUUUGUCCAUCUUGAGAGUCUUGUGGAGAUUGAUUUUAGGUGCAACUGUGUGCCUGUUCGACUGGGACCAAAGGACCGUGUGUGCAUCAAGCCACUGCAAGUCCAGAACAGCAGUUUUGCCACUCUCACAAAGUUAGAGUCAUUGUACUUGGAUGGAAACCAACUAUCAGAAAUACCUCGGGGCCUUCCUCCUAAUCUACGCCUGCUGAGCCUUGAAGCAAACAGCAUUUUUUCCAUCACAAAAGAGAAUUUGUCAGAACUUGGAAACAUAGAAAUGUUGUACCUUGGACAGAACUGCUAUUACCGUAAUCCAUGCAAUGUUUCAUUUGGAAUUGAAGAAGCAGCCUUCCAGGACUUAAGAAAGUUAACAGUAUUGUCCCUGAAAGCCAAUAAUUUAACUCACAUUCCACACAAUUUGUCAUCCAGUUUAAAGGAACUGUACCUUUACAAUAAUGUGAUUCAAAAAGUUCAGGAGGAGGAUUUAAAUCACCUUUACAAUUUGGAAAUUCUUGAUUUAAGUGGCAAUUGCCCUCGUUGUUACAAUGCCCCAUUUCCAUGUACUCCAUGCCCAAAUAAAGCCCCAAUUUGGAUCCAUCACAAGGCCUUUGAUGCCUUAAAACAAUUAAAAACUCUGCGCCUUCACAGUAACUCCCUCCAAACUGUACCCAGUAGCUGGUUUAAGAACACCAAGAAUCUCAAAAUGCUUGACCUUUCUCAGAAUUUCCUGGCCAAAGAAAUUGGAGAAGCUCAUUUUUUGAACUUUAUCCCCAACCUUGUGGAGCUGGAUCUGUCCUUUAAUUUUGAACUUCAGGUCUAUUCUUCAUUUUUGAACCUGUCUAAAGCAUUUUCAUCUCUUACACACCUGGAAAUCCUGAGGAUUAAGGGUUAUGUCUUCAGAGAAUUAAAUCAAGAACACCUAAAUCCAUUACUUCAUCUUAGAAAUUUGACAGUUUUGGACCUAGGAACUAAUUUUAUCAAAGUUGCUAACCUAAAUAUAUUUAAAAAAUUCCCAGCUCUAAAAAUCAUAGACCUCUCAGUAAAUAAAAUAUCUCCUUCUUCAGGUGAAUUCAAUUAUCAUGGUUUUUGUUCUGUCCCCACAGCUUCAGCAGACCACUACAAAAGCCAAAUGCUGCAGAACAUGCAUUAUUUCAGAUAUGAUGAGUAUGGACGAAGCUGUAAGUCUAAAGACAAAGAGUCUGAGUCCUUCGAACCUUUUGUCAAUGAGGAGUGCCUCGGUUAUGGGGAAACUCUGGAUUUAAGCAGAAAUAACAUAUUCUUUAUCAACCCCUUUGAUUUCCUGCACCUCAAUUUCCUCAAAUGCCUCAACUUGUCAGGUAAUGCUAUUAGCCAGACUUUGAAUGGAAGUGAGUUCCAACCUCUGUCUGGACUGAAAUAUCUUGAUUUUUCUAACAACCGGAUUGAUUUGCUAUAUUCAACUGCCUUCCAGGAACUGAAACAUUUGGAAAUUCUAGACCUGAGUGAUAACAAACAUUAUUUUCUGGCAGAAGGUAUUACGCACAUGCUUGAUUUUACAAAGAAUUUGACCUUUCUGAAGAAGCUGAUGAUGAACGGGAAUGAAAUUUCUACCUCUACUAACCCAGGGAUGGAAAGUCAUUCUCUUCAGACUUUGGAAUUCAAAGGAAAUCACUUAGAUGUGUUAUGGAGGGAUGGGGAUACUAGAUACUUGUCAUUUUUCAAGAAUCUAACCAACCUAGUGCAACUGGACAUUUCCUACAACUCUCUGAGUUUUUUGCCUCCUGGUGUCUUUGAAGGUAUGCCUCCAAGGCUCAAGAUACUCAUCUUAACCAACAACAAGCUGAUGUCUUUCAACUGGGGGAAACUCCACUUUUUGGAGCAUUUGGAAACCUUGGAUCUUAGCAACAACUUUCUGAGUACCGUCCCACGGGUGCUUUCCAAUUGCUCAGCAACCCUCAACAAACUGAUACUACAAAACAAUAGGAUCCGCCGGCUGACUAAGUACUUUCUUAGAGAUGCUUUCCAGUUAAAAUACUUGGACCUCAGCUCCAACAAAAUCCAAAUCAUUAAGAAAUCUAGCUUCCCAGAGAAUAUCAUCGGCCAUCUGGAGAGGUUACUUUUAAAUGGCAACCCUUUCAAGUGCAUUUGUGAUGCUGUGUGGUUUGUUUGGUGGAUCAACCAGACUGAGGUUACGAUUCCUCUGCUGGCCACUGAUGUGACCUGUGCAGGGCCAGGAGCACAUAAAGGUAAGAGUGUGAUUUUCUUGGAUCUGUAUACCUGCGAAUUGGACUCCUCCCAUGUGAUCCUGUACUCCGUGUCCGCAUCGGCCAUCCUGUGUCUGAUGGUGUUCACAGUAACAAGUCACCUCUAUUUCUGGGAUGUGUGGUACAGUUACCAUUUCUGCACUGCCAAGUUCAGAGGCUAUCGGCGUUUACAUUCACCAGAUAUGUGCUAUGAUGCUUUUAUUUCCUAUGAUAACAAAGACCCAGCUGUAGCUGAAUGGGUCUUGAAAGAAUUAGUUGAAAAUCUGGAACACCAAAACGAUAAACAAUUCAAUUUGUGUUUGGAAGAAAGAGAUUGGUUGCCAGGGCAGCCAGUUUUGGACAACCUUUCCCAGAGCAUACAACUAAGCAGGAAAACCAUAUUUGUGCUGACUAACAAGUACAUAACAAAUGGUAACUUUAAGACCGCAUUUUACAUGGCCCAUCAGAGGCUUAUGGAUGAAAAAAUGGACGUGAUUAUCUUAAUAUUUCUUGAGAAAACUCUGAAGAAGUCUAGGUACCUUCGGCUGAGGAAGAGGCUGUGCAGCAGCUCUGUCUUAGAGUGGCCAACUAAUCCUCGUUCCCAAUGUUAUUUCUGGCAAUGCCUAAAAAAUGCAUUAGCAACAGGCAAUGACAUGACUUACAACAAACUGUUCCAAGAAAUUGUAUAGCUCUACCUCUCCCUUUAAAAUCUUAGUACGAUACUAAGUAAACUGUAUGACACUGAAUCUCAAAUUUUAUUGAAGAAGGUUUCAAAGCAUGGGAAAUAACUUAAGCCUGACAUUCUAUAGAAAGUUUAAUGUGUUAAAUGUACAGUAUGGUAAAGACAAGUAUUUUAGACAGCCCUACAUUUAACCAUCAAUACGUGCCAACUAGGCUGUCUCAAUGACAUGCACCUUACCCAACACUCAUUGCAACUCACAGAGAUAAGAUGCACUCAAAUAUGGAACAGAAUCAUAGCUUCCAGUUGUUAGGUCAGUGGAGGCUGAGAGCAUCUCCUGUAGGUCGGUUUAAAUAUCUCUGAGACCAUUUUCUUGUGUUAGUGUAGUACAUGGCCUAUGAGGAGGAGGUUGGCUGAUCGUAAAGCUGCUGCUGUUGGGAUCAUUGUUAGAUGAAAUCGGAUUCACGUAUAAAACUGUAGCUCUUCAGCUCAAUGCAGCACCAGACUCUACCAGAACAAGUGCAAAACCUUUAGUGCAGUUUCACUGCUACGAUGAUGAAUACUCCCCACAACACAUGGUUCAGGGUCCAGGGCCCCACACAUGCCCAUUACGAUAUCUGGUACCUCUUCCAGGGCACUAGCUGCCCCGAUAACAACUAUGUGGGUGAAACCAGACAAUCGUUGUGCUCUGCGGGGACUCACACUGAAAAAUGAUGAAAGACAAAAACACCCCGUUACUUGUGGAACAUGGGAACAAUCAUGCUACAUCCGACCUCUCCGGCCUCAUUAUCAAAGGGAUCCUGCACAACAGCUUCAAGAGACGAGCCUGGGAGUUUAAAUUCAUAACUUUGCUAGACACUAAAAGCCAUGGACUGAAUCAAACAUUGUAUUUAUGGAUUAUUACAACAAUCUAUUAGCCACUAACAACCCCUUCCCUUCCUGGGGUGCCUUUUUUCCUCCUCACUUUCUUUCCCCUCUAGUUCCUGCAAUGAGAGGAGGGCUGUUAACAGGGCACUUCAUCUUGAAUGGUCCCUUAAAAUGUAUGUUAACUACUUAUGCUAUACAGUCUAUUCCAUCUUGAAUUUAGCAAUGGCACUCUGAGUAUGUUUCCCAGACUGGAAGAAGAGCUAUGUCUAAGCUUAAAAGCUCCACUCUCCCACUAACAGAAGUUGGGUAAACAAACAAAAAUUACCUCACCCAUCUUGUCUCUCUAACUUCCUGGCACUGAUAUGGC